AUGUGUACAUUCUUUCGCAUUCCUUUUUUUACGGGGGUUACAUUCUAUUUUCAUUCUAAUCUACUAAUUCUUUUUUCUUUCUUUCUUUCUUUAUUCAUUCCUUUUCUUCUUUCUUUCCUUGUUUCUUUCUUUCCUUUCUCCUUUCGUAUAUCAGCUUACUUUCUUAUCUUCACUUUUCCUUUAUUUUUUCAUUCCGUUUCUUUCUUUCUCAUUUCGUAUAUCAGCUUACUUUCUUCUCUUCACUUUUCCUUUCUUUAUUCAUUCCUUUUCUUCUUUCUCUCUUUCCUUAUUUCUUUCUUUCUUUCUUUCUUUCUUUCUUUCUUGUCUUUUUUUUUGCCUUUCUUUCUUUUUGCUUCCUUAUCUGUUAUUUCAACGCUAUACUUUCUUUCUUUUUUCUUUCUUAUUAUUUAUAGAUAUUUCGGUUUUUCUUUUGUUUUUCUUUUUCUGCGUCUUCUUUUCGUUUGUUUUCUUGUCUGUUAUUUUGUUUCUUUCUUUUUUAUUUUUUUUUUUUUCUCAAUUUCCAGGUUUCCAGUUUUUUUUUUAAUUAAUUCUUUAUUUCUUCUCUGCCUAUUUUGCAUAUUCCUACAUUCUCCAUUCCAGUCUCCUAUUUGUUUUUGUUGUUGUUGUUCUUCUUCUUUUUCUUCUUCUUCUAAUUCUUUUCCUUCUUCUUCUUCUUCUUUUCCUCUUUCUUUUGCUCUUUCUUUUCCUUCUUCUUCUUUUCCUUCUUCUUCUACUACUUUUUCUUUUCCUUCAUCUUCUUCUUUUCCUUCUUCUUUUCCUUCUUCGUCUUCUUUUCCUUCUUCUUUUCCUUUUUCUUCUUCUUUUCCUUCUUCUUCUUCUUCUUCUUUUCCUUCUUCUUCUUCUUCUUUCUUCUUUUCCUCUUUCUUUUCCUUCUUCUUCUUCUUCUUUCUUUUUCUUUUCCUUCUUCUUCUUUUCCUCCUUCUUCUUCUUCUUUUUCUUUUCUUUCUUCUUCUUCUUCUUCUUCUUCUUUUCAUUCUUCUUCUUCUUUUCCUUAUUCUUCUUCUUUUCCUUCUUCUUUUCUUCUUCAGCUUCUUUUCCUUCUUCUUUUCCUUCUUCUUCUUCUUCUUCAUCUUCUUUUCCUUCUACUUCUUCUUCUUUUCCUUCUUCUUUUCCUCCUUCUUUUCUUUCUUCUUCUUCUUUUCCUUCUUGUUCUUUUUCUUUUUCUUCUUUUUCUUCUUUUCCUUCUUCUUUUCCUCCUUCUUUUCCUUCUUCUUCUUAUUCUUUUCCUUCUUCUUGUUCUUGUUCUUCUUCUUCUUUUCCUUCUUCUUCUUCUUGCAUUUGGCUUACCACUUCCUUUUCUCUCUUUUUUCCAUUUCUACAACCUGA